AUGACUGAAAAGGCUGUUGUGGGAAAGACCGUGUUGAAGAGACAUGAAAUCGCUCGACCUAUAUAUGUACAACGUUUGGAAGCCGCCUUAGAUAUCAGGCCGUUUGUUAGCCAAGUUGAAAGAAUAUUAAAUUCUGAUGGUGUUAGUGAUAGUGGGGAUGACUCCGAUGUUCUAUCAGUUGGUAAUGAAAUCUCUAAAGGGGAUAAGUUGAUGAAUGGUGUAGUGACUACUAAACAAGAACGCCAAAGUGAUCGGGCUCGUCUCUACAAUCUGUCAUCAGUUGGAGAAGAGAGGGAGUGGCUUCGAGAUGUGUUAUUAUCAACAGAGUCCGAAUCUAGCAGUGAUGAUGACACCUUAGCAGCAAAAGAGACUAGAAUUAAAUACCUUCUCAAAGAGAGAAAGUUUCAUAACAAAUAUGUUAGAUCUUAUUAUAAGGAUCCCGGUAAUUCUCGAUACAUGUAUUAUGGGGCUGGCUUGCUAUCAACCAUGGACAGAUACCCGGAGAGGAGAAUAAACAGGCCUCCUCCAGCCUCCACCAGAGGACGGAGAGGCCGACCCUCUGAUAAGGGUGUUCCUAGAAACAUACAAAAAUCUAAAAAGACAAAAACAAAAGAUGGACAUAUAACAGAAAGUGGAAAUGAUGCUCCUGAUGGAGUGGAUUGGGAAGAUCACUUAAAGAACAUCAAAGAAGAAAAUGAGCUGAGCGAUGAAUUAAUAAUAGCAGAAAAAUCUAGUGUCAGAGGCCGAAAGAAAGCGUUAAUGGCAAAGAGUCCAGAAGCAUUAACAGCGAGACGGAAGCGACAUUGGUUCCUGCUAGUAAAGAAAGAGUUAGGGAAAGUGCAGAGAGCGAGAACGGCGACACACAGAGAGGUGACAUUGCAAAGAAAGAGGUUGGCAACAUUAUGCAGUAAACAUUGGAGACAUGUUGCAAUGCAGUCUCAGAAGAACAUGAAGGAAACAGUAUGGCGUUGCAAACGGUUGAGUCGAGAGAUGCAGGGUUAUUGGCGGCGAUAUGACCGCGCUGAGAGGGAAACUAGACGAAGGAUGGAAAGAGAGGCUGAGGAACAGAGAAAGAUGGACGUAGAACUAAUGGAAGCGAAGCGGCAACGUCGCAAACUUAAUUUCCUCAUUACUCAAACGGAACUGUAUGCGCACUUUAUGCAACGCAAGUUAAACGCAAUUGAAGAAGGAGACUACGGGGCUGACAGAAUAUUGAGGCAUUUGGACGAAGAUAGAGAUCCAAGACUCGCCUCGAUUGAUAAUUACGAUAGCGAGGCAAUGAAAGCCCGUGCGUCUCGAAAUGCACGCGAGGCGUUCCGAGCCGACCGCGCCCGUACAGUGGCUUUAGACGCAGCGGCCGGGGGAGAUGCGGGUCGUACGGAGAGACCAGGUGAUCAUGACCAACCGGCUAUAUUUCAAGGGACGUUGAAAGGAUACCAGCUGAAGGGAAUGAAUUGGCUGGCCAAUUUGUAUGAUCAGGGCAUAAGUGGAAUUCUAGCAGACGAAAUGGGCUUAGGCAAGACAGUUCAAUGUAUAGCAUUCCUUUGUCAUGUGGCUGAAAGACUUGGUGUAUGGGGACCUUUUCUGGUGGUGUCUCCUGCUUCCACAUUACAUAACUGGCAACAAGAGAUGCAGAGAUUUGCACCCGACUUUAAAGUGGUGCCAUACUGGGGCAGUCCCAGCGAGCGUAAAAUUCUUCGGCAGUUCUGGGAGCGAAAGGACCUUCACACCCAGCAGGCAGCGUUUCACGUGGUCAUCACCUCUUAUCAAAUUGUGGUUUCGGAUUUAAAAUAUUUGAACCGUGUCUCCUGGCAAUAUAUGAUUUUGGAUGAAGCUCAGGCCAUUAAGAGUUCAGCGAGUAUGCGGUGGAAGCUAUUGUUGGGGUUCAGCUGCAGGAAUCGACUGUUGUUGUCAGGAACACCAAUACAAAACAGUAUGGCGGAGUUAUGGGCGUUACUUCACUUCAUAAUGCCAACAUUAUUUGAUUCGCACGACGAAUUCAACGAAUGGUUCUCUAAGGACAUCGAAAGUCAUGCAGAAAAUAAAAGCACGAUUGAUGAAAAGCAUCUCUCCCGGCUGCACAUGAUAUUAAAACCUUUUAUGUUGAGGCGGAUCAAGAAAGAUGUGGAAAAUGAAUUAUCUGAUAAAAUAGAAAUUAUGGUACAUUGCCCUUUGACAAUCAGACAGAAACUAUUAUAUAUUGCAUUGAAGAAGAAAAUAAAAAUAGAAGAACUAUUGCACUACACAAUUGGAUCGGAAACUGGACAUAAUGUUGACAAAAAUUUCACUUCAAAUCUUAUGAAUUUAGUUAUGCAGUUCAGAAAGGUCUGCAACCACCCAGAAUUGUUCGAGCGACGUGAUGUAAGAUCACCUUUUGCAAUGCUUGUUGAUGACUACAAUGUCCCAAAAGUGAUAGCUGAGGACUGUAUAUUACUUCGGUGUAUACCAUCAAAGCGCCACUUGUUAUACAAUAUACUUAGUGUUCUAGUGUGUGAUUAUGUGCAUAGGAGUGUUAGUGAAGUGAAUAGUGAUUGUUUCUCGUUUACAAGAUUCAUGGACUUAUCUCCUAUGGAGAUCUAUCAGGUGAUGCUGUGUGGGUGGCUCGAUGCUAUAUUUCACAUAGAACAAAGUCUAGAAACAUAUGAAAGGUUAAGACAUAGACAAGAAUGGUGGUACACAGACGACUGUCAUGACUAUAAGAAUGUUAGCAGUAAACACUUACUAUUGAUAUGUCCCGAUGGAGAUGUUCUUAAGACGCGGAAAGAAGAUUCCUUGUUAUGGAGGGAUAUGUUAUUUACGGAUCCUUUGUGGAUACCAGGUGGACCUUUUUACGCGCAUUUAAAUCACACAAUACAUUAUAUGCCAGAGACGAUAGAACAUCGAUCAUUAAGGGGAAGACAACUGAAAGAAGCUAGUGGACAGGCGGAAAUGCUAAGUGAGAUAAAGACUGAAGAUGGAGGUGUGAUAUCCGUGGAAAAUCAGCCCGUGGAAUUGGCGGAAUUUCCUCACGUGGAAAGACCUUCUAUAGUAUAUAAUGAUGUACCCACACCGUUACCAGCAUUCUUAUUUACUGCUCAGCAAAAGGUGUGCGCGCCAAGACGUCAAGCGUUCGCAGUUUCACGUUCGUUCGCGUAUCACAUGACGAGACACGCGCAUUGUGAGUCGCGUCUCGGAAGCGAGACUAUCUCUAGACUUGUCGAUAACGCGCGACCGCCUUACGGCUGGGCUUCGCUGCAAGUGCCCGAUAAGAACCAGCUAGUAAGUGAUGCGGGAAAACUAACAGUAUUAGAUUCUCUACUCAAGAAGUUAAAGGCGCGAGGGCAUAGAGUCCUUAUAUAUAGCCAGAUGACGAAAAUGAUUGACUUAUUAGAGGAGUACAUGUGGCACAGGAAACACAAAUAUAUGCGAUUGGACGGCUCCAGUAAAAUAUCAGCCCGUCGCGACAUGGUUGCCGAUUUUCAGGCUCGGACAGACAUAUUUGUAUUUCUGUUGUCAACUCGUGCGGGGGGACUUGGAAUAAACCUCACUGCGGCCGAUACUGUUAUAUUCUACGACUCUGAUUGGAACCCAACGGUAGACCAACAGGCGAUGGACCGUGCACAUCGACUGGGACAGACCAAACAGGUCACGGUGUAUCGGCUCAUUUGUAAGGGAACUAUUGAAGAACGCAUUAUGCAGCGCGCAAGGGAGAAGAGCGAGAUUCAACGCAUGGUGAUAAGCGGGGGUAACUUCAAACCUGACACUCUCAAACCAAAGGAAGUUGUCUCUUUGUUGCUGGACGAUGAGGAAAUUGAACUUAAAUAUCGUCAAAAGUCAGAAGAAAAGAAAAUUAUAGAAGAGAGAGAACGUAAAAGAAAAUUGGGAAUAUUGCCAGCUGCGCCAGCGCCUGUCGAUAGUGAAGCAAAACGCGCUCGCGAGUCCAUAUCAGAACCAGGUAGUCCCUUACAAGUCGAUGACGAGGGAGAUUUAGUGGUGGACGCGCCAAAUUUAAUGCCUUCUCCGUACACGAACGUAAGCCGUGGGGCGUGGGCGAUGUCCCGUACACGCGGCGCUCGUCGCGGACGUCCGAGAGGAUCUAGACACACUAUUGCUAAUCGAAGGCCGGACCCACACACUGAUACUGCUUCUGCUAUUGCUGCAGGUGCACUUCUCCUGGAAUCGGAUAUGCCUCUUGAAAUUGUGGAGGCAAGUGGAGCUCCGGAAGGCCGCGGCCGGCGUGGUCCGGGGAGGCCCCGACUUAGGACGGUGGCACCCCGGGCCCCUUCCAGACGCCCACGCAGGCCCCGUGAGCCUUUAUUAGUGCCAUUGGCGCCACCUCCCUGA